CCCGCCCCCUUGCGACUGAGUCGUGCACAAUUCCGUGGAACUUCCCGCCUCAUAGAACGGCUGGCCCGUCACUAUAAACGCUACACCCUCUGACUACUCGUUCCUCGACUGAAUCGGCCGAUCGCCCCCACACUACCACUCCAAUCACAAACGCUGUCGGAAAAGAUGUCGCGUUACGUCGAGGCUUUCAGCCUCGACAAACCAAAAGAGUCCUUCGAAAUCGUGCAGCGGAGACUCAAGCGGGCGCAGGGGCUGGAUGAAGAGGUUGCGAAUUAUUUUAGGGACCGCGCUGCGGUCGAGGAGAAAUACGCCAGCGAACUACAAAGACUCGCAAAGAAGCAUGUGCUGGCUCCGACGGAUAAGGACUUUGUCGGGACAUUCACAGAAGUCUGGGACCAGCUCCUCAAAUCGAUCGUGGAGGUCGCCACGCUGCACUCGACAUACGCAAAGGAGGUGUCGGAGAAGAUGGAGAAACCGGUUAGGGGGAGGGCGCAGGUUGAUGCUGAUUGGGCAAAGUUGAAGCAGUAUGAAGCGGAUUUUGGGAGAGCAACGAAGGAUUAUGAGGAUAAGAAUAUGAAAUAUCUGAAGGCAGCAGCGAAAGCGAAGAAGGGUGCGGCGUCGGAAAAAUCAGACAAGAAGGUGGCGGAUGCCCAAGCCGCGAAAGAGGCUGCACAAGAGCACUGGACGCCUCAGGCGAUUCAAGCUUUCGAGCGAUUUCAAACAAUGGAUGAGUCCCGCCUAGAGUUUCUCAAAGACACAAUGUCAAAAUACGCAGAUCUGGAAUCGAAGCAUGAUGCCAGCAAGAACGCCAUCUCCGACAGCGUCCUUGCAGCCGUAAUGUCUUUCGACGUCCCCCAUGAAAUCGCAACCUUCUGCGCCACCAAAAGCAACAACGACGGGCAGGCACCCGCCGCCAUGAUCAGCGACGGGGCGAGCUCGACCAACACGUCGCGCAAAAAUUCGGUCGUGUUGCCCCCGAACGGGCGGACUUUGUCGAGGGAUACGGUUUCGCUGGCGCCUUCGUCGACGAACGGGCCGAACCAGCCGCAGGUGGAUGAUGAGGGGUAUAGUAUUCCGGCGACGGGUUCGUCGAGUUUGCCGUGGGAUAAUCCUGCGAAUGGGAAUUUGGAUGGGGACGAUGAGGACAAUGCUAGCCUCGCUAGUCAAAAGAUCAAAGUAGCCAUCAGGAAAGAGACCAUCGUGGAGAGUCCUGAAGACAUGAGCAAGGCAUUGCGGCAGUUCCAGAAUGUCCUUGGUCCGAGUGGGGCUCGGAAUGCCGCGAAGCGAGCUUCCCGACGCAUAUCACUAUCCGGUAGCGACAACCCUCCAUCAUCCGAUCCCAAAUCCCUAACCACACCUCGCAACUUCUCCAACCUCUCAGAACGAGAUCUCGACGUCUGGGGAAGCCUUUCCCCCAACUCAGCCACAUCCUCCAUCCCUUCUCUCGAACCCACCAAAGGCACGCCAACCGUCGCCACGCCCACGUACACCGGCCCCGUCCGCGUGCGCGUAGCAGUGACGGAGAUCGUGAACGCGCUCAUCAAAACAGGGCACGUCGAGAAAUUGCUCGUGACGGGCGAAGUGCUUUUGUCGUCCGUGUCGGAGCAGGGGCAAUUUGUAGACACGGCGGGCAUGGAAUCGUUCAAGAUCCGUGUAGCGAACGCCAACCAGCUCGCGCACCUCGUCCCCAACGACGCGUUCGUCCGUGCCGCGGACCCAGCCCAACCUGAUCUGUUCAUAGUAGACUGCGCUGCGUUGCGUCGCAGCGCGAGCGAGUCCCUCUCAAGCGUGCCUAUCUUCAAAUACCAAGUCCGCAUCGACGGCGACCCCGCACGUUCCGCCCCGUUACUGGUCAACGCCGUAUGGAAAUGCGAGCCGACACAGACCUCCUUACUGCUCGCGUACCAGCUCAACGCAUCCGCCCCGCUCACAAACCCCACCACCACCACCGCCACACAAUCCCCCCUCCUAACCAACAUCCGCUUCCUCGUCCCCGUCACAGCCGGCGGCGAAAUCAGCACCGUCCGCACCUCACCCACCGGCAUCUGGAACCCCGAGCGCAAAGCCAUCCUGUGGAAAGUUGGCGACAUGGCUGUUGCAAGCGAUCAGCCUACGAAACUGCUGGCGAGGAUGGAUACGACGGAGAUGGCGGUGCCGGGGACAGUGAUUGUGCAGUUCUCGGCGCCGAGUGCGUCGUUGGGUGCCGUGGGGGUUUUGGUGGAGGCGGGGGAGAGGGUGGAGGUUGUGGAGACGACGAGGGCGUUGUCGGCCGGGAAGUAUGGGGCUUCAUGAAGGGGGCGGAAAGGUCAUACGGGGUGUGCCGCCAUUUGUAAACCAAACCUCUCGCAAACCACCUCUCCCUGCAGUUACCCCUGCUCCUCUUGGCCUCGCAAAUCCACGCAUACUCUUCUCAUGUUCUUCAUCAUUCUCCCCUCCCUCAAGGCGCCUCAUAAAUCCCCUCGCAAAUUCUACCCUGUCUAACAUACCGUCUCAACCCCCAUAGUCUGUAACUAGAUUCCUCGUUUUAUCAUACCCAUACGCGUAUCUUUUCCCGGCAGGAUUACAGUACUGUACAGUACGUCGGGCCGGAGAUGGCUGAAAUGGCGGACGUAGAAAGGAGCUCAAAAGCUGUGCAGAAUAACCGUGUUAUGAGGAGGACGAAUGGGUUUGGGCGAAAGCAGAAAGCUGGGCCUUCCUGCGGUACGUUUUUUCCGAGACGAGCAAUUUCUAUU